AUGCCGCCGCGGCCUGCGGCCGGCCGCGCGGCCAUGGCGGCCGAAGACGAGCGGCCGCCGUUUGCUCUGUUUACAGCUGUGUACGACUAUGUUGCGCAAGGAGAGGAUGAGCUCUCCUUACGUCGAGGUGAAAUUGUGGAAGUGCUCUCUAAAGAUGCGAAUAUCUCCGGCGACGAGGGCUGGUGGACCGGGAAGAUCGGUGAUCGUGUGGGGAUCUUUCCUGCAGUGUACGUGACGGAGGAAGAUCCCCUUGCCGUUGAGCCACCACGAGUGUCUUUCAGUGAGCUUAAGCUUGAAGAAGUUAUCGGUGUAGGUGGCUUCGGUAAAGUGUACCGCGGUUAUUGGAAUGAUGAAGUCGUGGCGGUCAAAGCAGCUAGACAGGACGCUAACGAGGACAUCGAAGUUAUCAAGGAAAGUGUUCUACAAGAAGCAAGAUUGUUUUGGGUGUUACAACAUGAAAAUAUAGUGUCAUUAAAAGGUGUCUGUUUAGAGGAACCAAAUUUGUGUUUGGUGAUGGAAUAUGCUCGUGGUGGUCCUUUGAACCGAGUGUUAUCUGGGCGAAAAAUAAGACCAGGUAUAUUGGUAGACUGGGCGAUACAAGUGGCUCAAGGCAUGGCAUAUCUUCAUGUGGGAGCCCCUAUGUCACUUAUACAUAGGGAUCUAAAAAGUUCUAAUGUACUCCUCAGUGAAACUAUAUUACCGGACGACACUCUCGAAAAUAAGACUCUUAAAAUCACAGACUUUGGAUUAGCUCGAGAAGUUUACAAGACGACUAGAAUGUCAGCGGCAGGCACGUACGCUUGGAUGCCACCUGAGGUUAUAAAGAACUCAACCUUUUCCCAUGCAUCUGACGUCUGGUCCUACGGGGUGCUGCUAUGGGAAUUACUGACCGGUGAGACGCCCUACAAGGGCAUCGACGCAUUAGCCGUGGCGUACGGCGUCGCUGUCAACAAACUAACCUUGCCCAUACCGAGCACCUGCCCUGAACCUUGGAGAGUACUAAUGGAAGCGUGCUGGCGGUCGAACCCACGCGAAAGGCCACUUUUCCCCGAAAUUCUGGAACAAUUAGAGCGCAUCAGGCAGUCAGAAUUCACUCGAGCACCCCACGAGUCUUUCCAUACCAUGCAAGACGGCUGGCGACUGGAGAUCGAAGAAGUGUUGAGAGAUCUCAGACGGAAAGAGAAGGAGCUCCGGUGUCGCGAGGAAGAGUUGACGAGAGCUCAACUGCAGCAAAGGUUGAUGGAACAGAAUCUUGCGCAAAAGGAACGUGAAUUGGAGAUGAGGGAGAUAGAUUUAGCCGCUAGAGAGCUCCACAUAUUGAUCUUCGCCAGUAACAUGUCGCAUAAUCAACCGCCUCAGCCUAAUAAGAGGAAAGGUAAAUUCAGCAAAAUGAAACUGGUGAAGAAGGAUACGAUAUCAUCACCGCUCGACUUUCGGCACACGUUGACAGUGCGACCGUCGGAAGACGAGUCCAGUGUUAAGCAGUUGGUCGCCGUCGCUAAAGACACGCCGCCAGGAUCGCCGGCCAUCAUGAGGGCAAUAGCUCUGCCAGCGGACGGCGUGAAGGGCAAGACGUGGGGCCCGUCGAGCGUCCACCAGCGGUCGCGCGGCCACCUGCCGCUGCCGGCGCUAGCGCGCGCCCGCCACUCGCCGCGGUUCUCAACGUCCGCGCCCGACCUGCCCCCCGCCACGCGGCCCCAGCACGCAGGUAAACCCCCCGCGCCCCUCCCCCACCGCCCGCGCAAGUCCAAGUCCCAGGUGCGCGCCCCCACCGAAUUAGCGCGCAAACGCACCGGCAGCCACGACGAUAUAUACGAGAACACCGAGCCCCGCCGCAACAGGUUCCUCCUGUGUCCGAUGUUCACGUCCACCGCGGACAUACAACGGUACGACACUGUGUUCGACGCGCCCUCGCCGAGGAAGGACGUCAAAAAGACUUUGCUCAAGAGCUUCCGCUCGAACAGUCUCACCGGCCUGUUGGCCGUCGCGGGCAACCUCGGCUCGGAAACUACCGAACUCCUCCGAGACGACUAG